UUGUUGUUGACAGAUUUUGAGGUAAACUUUAACGUUGUGUUGAAAGUGAGUGAAUUUACUCCUCUAUUUUUAAAACAUGGACCGUCUUCUGCGCUUGGGAGGAGGCCUACCAGCCCUUGGCCAGGGACCUCCACCCAAUGAUGCUCCCGUUCCUGACACUGCUGAACAAGUUUACAUCUCAUCACUAGCAUUGUUGAAGAUGUUGAAGCAUGGCAGAGCUGGAGUUCCCAUGGAAGUGAUGGGGCUGAUGCUGGGAGAGUUUGUGGAUGACUACACGGUCCGAGUUAUUGACGUAUUUGCUAUGCCACAGAGCGGAACUGGAGUAUCAGUAGAAGCUGUAGACCCAGUGUUCCAGGCCAAGAUGUUGGAUAUGUUGAAGCAAGUUGGUCGGCCAGAGAUGGUGGUCGGCUGGUACCACUCUCAUCCAGGAUUUGGUUGCUGGCUCUCUGGAGUCGAUAUUAACACCCAGCAGAGUUUUGAGGCUCUGUCGGAGAGAGCUGUGGCUGUUGUGGUCGAUCCAAUCCAGUCUGUUAAAGGUAAAGUAGUGAUUGAUGCCUUCAGAUUAAUUAAUCCCAACAUGAUGGUUCUUGGGCAGGAGCCUAGACAGACUACUUCAAAUCUUGGGCAUCUUCAAAAACCAUCCAUUCAGGCCCUGAUCCAUGGACUCAACCGUCACUAUUAUUCUAUCCCCAUCAAAUACCGCAUGAAUGAAAGAGAACAACAGAUGCUUCUUAACCUGCACAAGAAGUCGUGGAUGGAAGGCCUGACACUCCAGAACUACAACGAGCACAGCAGUCUCAAUGAGGACACUGUUAAGGAGAUACUUAAUUUGGCCACAGCAUAUAAUAAGAGUUUGGAAGAGGAAGAGAAAAUGACCCCAGAGCAAUUAGCCAUCAAGAAUGUAGGAAAGUUAGACCCCAAGCGGCAUUUGGAGGAUAAGGUUGAAAUCCUCAUGACCUCAAAUAUUGUGCAGUGUCUUGGUGCUAUGCUGGACACUGUUAUUUUCAAGUAAAUCUCCUUUUAUUUAGUCUACAGUUUUAAAUGAAUCAGUUAUUAGUGUAAACUGGAUAUUGUACCAAGAGGAUUGUUCUGCCAUGCCUAGGAAUGAUUGCAGCAUUGUAUGACAAUAAAUACUAGAAGAUAUUGUGUGUUUUGUACCAGCAUUUUAAAACACAGCCAUUAGCCCAAAACAAAAUCAUGUAUGUAUUUAUUAUGCUCUAUAAAAUUCAAAAGGAAGAUGAAUGCAAGUAUUAUUUUUCUUGUUGCAUUUAUUUAUAUGGAAAUAAUUAAAGUUUACACUAUAUGCUUGAAGCCAUUUGCUUUGCCAUUCCUUUGGUAGCAAUUCUAAAUCCAGGUAUAUAUUCAAGCAUCAUUCUCAUGUUCCUCGUAAAUUUUCUAUAGAAAGCAAGAAUAAAUUAAAACUAGACAAACAGAAAGAAACAUUUUCCAUACCACAAUUAAGUGUUGUAAACUCUAUACUGUAAUAAAAAAAUAAUAGUU